AUGACGCAUAACACUCAAACGCAGUUCGUCUGUGAAGAUUGCGGUAAAUAUUUCGAUCGACAAUCGGAGCUUGAAAAACAUCAGAUGAUUCAUAGUGAGGAACUGCUGUACAUGUGCAAAGUGUGCAGACGGGUGUGCACAGACAGUGACUUGAACGAUCAUAUGCGCACACAUGUGGAGGAGAUUUUGUACACGUGCAGUGUGUGCGGUAACAGUUUUAAGCGGUCUGGGGAGUUGCGCGAACAUAUGGACGAUCAUACUAAGGAUGCAACCCACACAUGUGAAGUCUGUGGAAAGGUGUUUAAGAAAGCGACAGAUUUGGAUACGCAUCGUAAAACUCAUGUGUAUCCGUGCGAGACUUGUGGAAUUACUUACAGUCAAAUCAGUGAACUUUCUGAACACAUGAAAACGCACCUCGCUGCGACUCCCUUCAAGUGCGACCUAUGUGAUAAGCAGUUCACGUUGAGGGCGCACUUGAAAAGACACAUGAUGAUGCACUCGGGUGCGAAACCAUUCCAGUGUAACCAGUGCCACAAAAGAUUUGCACAGAAAUACAACUUGGAGCUGCACCUUCGAACUCAUACUGGUGAGAAACCAUAUCAGUGCGGGCACUGUAAGAAGAAGUUUACUCAGCAGAGCAGUUUGAAUGUCCAUUACCGAAUACAUACAGGUGAACGCCCAUAUCAAUGUAGCAAAUGUGACGACCGUUUCACGUAUAAAAGUAUUUUGAAGCAGCAUAUGAAAAGACAUGACGUGGAACCAACUUCCUCUUGCAAGGAUUGUGGGAAAAAUUUCAUGAGUGUUGAGGAGUUUACGAGUCAUGUAUGUUACAGCAUGGAUGAGACGGUAGAUUGUAAAGUAUGUGGGAAACAUUUUACGAAGCGGAGUAAUUUUACUCGUCAUAUGGCCUUGCACUCUGGACAGCGGCCGUAUCAGUGCGAAUUCUGCGAUAAGAAUUUUUUGCAGCGAUACAACUUGGAAAUGCAUCGUCGAACACACACUGGUGAGAAACCUCACCAGUGCCCUUACUGCGGGCGGCGGUUCAGUCAGACGAGUAGUUUGAACGUGCAUGUGAGAAUUCACACAGGUCAACACGAGUACAAGUGUAAGGAAUGUGGUAAGGGGUUUACGAAAAGGAUCGCAUUUCGGGAUCAUAUGCGAACACAUACCGGAGAACUGCCGUACCAAUGUGAGCACUGUGACAAGACGUUCACGUACCAGAACAGUUUGAAACAUCACAUGAAGAUUCACCUCAAGGAGAAACCACAUCGUUGCGAACUAUGCGGGAAGGGCUUUACAGAGAAAUUUACCUUAGCUAUGCACUUGAGAACACAUACUGGAGAGAAACCACACCACUGCCAUAUAUGCAAUAAGCAAUUUACGCAACGAAGCAGUUUGAAUUUCCAUAUGCGAAUACACAAUGGGAAUAUGCCAUUCCGGUGCGAGGAGUGUGGAAAGACUUUUGCACGGAAGUCCACUUUGAUGGAUCACACACGUAUCCAUUCAGGAGAAAAAAAUCACCAAUGCAGCCAUUGUGGGAAGAGUUUCUUUCAUAAAAGCAGCCUAAUAAAACAUCUAAAGGACCACGAUGAUCCGUUGCUUGUUGAAACAGAACAAUUGAACAACUUUCAAAAUAUGAACAAAACCAUUGAAAUGUUAGGUAACUUACAGCAAGCAAGUGUAGUGGAGUUAGGCAAAGUACAAGAUGGUGGGAUUGCAGAGUUAGGCAAGUUUGAGGAUGGCGAGUCAAGUAGUAGUGUACAAGAAAGGGAGGAGAAAUUAAUUGGUCAAAAUAAUGUGAAUAAUUUUGUUGCCGUUAGUUCAUGUCCUGAUAUUGAUUUAGGAAAUGUCAGAGUGAAAAUGGAAAAUUUUGACAACUAA